AUGUCUGAAGUGGUGUCUUUUUCUCGUAGUCAAUUUCCAUAUAUCUUUGACUACCGCAUCAAUGGAUUGUUGCUGAGAAGAAUGAACAGUUUUAAGGACCUUGGAGUUGUUUUCACCUCUACACUCGACCCGUUGGAGCAUAUUGAUGGUGUUGUAUCAAGAGCUUACUCCCUCUUGCGAUUCAUCAUGAGAUCGACUAGGAGCUUCAGGUCACCCCAGUCGCUCCUGAUCCUCUACAAGACUCUCGUUCGCCCGGUCCUUGAGUAUGGUUCAGUGAUCUGGUCCCCUCAUCUUAUUACCCAUAUCGAAUACUUGUACCGAGUUCAUCUUCGUUUUUUGAGAGUGUUGGGCGUUCGAAUGGGCUAA